CGUCUGCAGUUUGACGUGUUGACCACGACCCUGUGCCUGGAGGCAGCGUGUCCUGACCGGGAGUCCUACUCGGCUGCUGUGCGCCGCAUCACCCGCCUCCUGAAGCCGGGCGGCACGUUCGUUCUCGCCGGAGUCACCAACCAGACCUUCUAUUCCGUCGGCGGUUAUAAAUUCUUCACCCUUCCUAUUGACAGAACCUUUAUGAGAGAAGUGUUUGAGAAGGCGGGGUAUGUCGACAUUGACAUCAAGUGGUUCCCAGCCACAAAUGCGGAGAACAACAGCGUCUCCAACUUUGACGGGAUAGUUGUUCUUCAUGCUAGGAAAGCAGAGACUGAGUAAUGAUCCCCAAGCAGCAAGACCCUCCAGACUCCUAUUGCAGCCUGAACAAAUCGUAGAACACACCUCUAUGGCCGGGAAACUCCUCUGGCCAAUGAUAUCCCCUUUUUAGGCGAUUUCUACGAUU